CGACAGAAUCCCACGACGUCUCAGCUCGCGAUCCGCGUCUUUACUACGCUGUCACCACCCGCCCAAACCUCCUUCUCCUCUCUAUUUCGCCCAGGGCCGAGGUCCAGCUGUCCUCUGCUCUCGCUUCCUAUUUUCUUCAGCACUUUGCGGGUAUGCCAACCGGGAGAAUCUAGGUCCUUUGACGUUAGGGGCUUCGAUACACCUAGCCCACCACCGACUACGUCUCGAUCUUCCUUAUUGAUCUUGCCUUGCACGAAAAUUGAAGAUCUCUGCAGCUAUCAGAAGGAGCAGUGGUACAGAGGACAGCAUCAUCCAAGCAAGCACAUCCAAUUAUGGCGACAGUCGCAGCUCACCCCCUAGUCCAUGGAAGUACCGGUGCGGAUCACGACAGGCAUCCCGGGUCGGCUUCCUCGUCGUCAACAGCAAGGACGUCUGCCACGUUCCAGUCGGUCUCCGACACGACAAUCACGACAACCUCAUCCGGAGUGCCAGCGACUGCGUCUGGCGGCGUCACCAAGGCGGAUCGUGGGCAGUCUCAGGCUUACAGAGACGAUGACGACGAUGACAAUGAUGACAAUGAGGGAUCAGAAAGCCAAAGCAACGCGAGAUUUGAUGAUCCAUGGGACGUUUCCCGCUCCAGAGCGCUUGAGCAAGUAGCGAAGCCCGUUGACGAUCACGUUUCGCCUAUCGCCAAGGGGAACAGCCUCCGAGGACCUUCCUCGCCCAAAUUCAGGGCCCAGCAGCAGUCAAGGCGGUGGAGCUCAUCAAGAUAUCAGCGGUACGAGGACGACGACAGCUUCACAAGCGCACAGGAGGACACGCCAAUUCAGUAUCCACCCAUGUCCGAAGAUGACAAAGAGGCUAGGGUCAUUGAGCAGAAUCUGGGAAGAUGGGCCGCCGAGGAGAAGCAGCGGAGGAAGGCAGCGAGAACCUCGAGAACCUCUUCCGUUCUCUUGUCGGGCGCAGGUGCAAGUCCAACGGCAAGCCUCAGUCCUGCAACAGCGCUGACGAGGACGCCGAGCAAGCUGGCUAAGCGCUUCUCGCAGCUGGGCCGACCCACCUUGGCCGACGUGCAUCGCGACAGCAUUAGCAGCACCGGCUCGUCCACCGACGAUCAGAGUCGAAUGUCCGGGUCGAUUCGAUCGGCACGUUCUGCAGAUGCGUCGACGCUGGAGGAUGUGCCGGAAGUAGAAGACGGAGCGGUGGAUGCGCAGGAGGAGCGGCGGCGGCAGAAGGGAAAGGACCGAGCUCCUUCGGAUAGUAAUCCAUUCAACGACUCGUCGUCAUCAUCGGAAAACACAGUGAUUGAAAGAUCGCGAUCUCUCAAACCGACUGCCAGAAAGCCCAUCGUGACGCCUGGUCGCGCACCCACUAUUCGUCAUCGGGCCGUGGAGAAUGCUCGGAGAUCGGGCGGAACGGGCAGAAUGCCGUCGAUUGUGGCGACAGACACGGAUCAAGAGGAGGCAGAAAACAACCGGCUGCAAAGAGCCACAUCCAACAAUCCGUUCAGUGACGCCGCAGAGAGAGCGGCCGGCAGCGAGGUGGACAGCAGUGGGAGACCGAGUGGCGCGCAUGUCGUCUUGCAGCAUGGCGACGACGAGUAUGGUGGGACGAUGCCGCCGACUCCUCACUCUCCCAGGUCGGCCAGAAAUAGACCUUCGAUGUUGCGAAAGAGUACCAGCAGCUCGCGCUUCAACGAGGUCGGCCUCGAUGACGACGGGUCGCCCACUGGCUGGCCUAGUGAAGAAGAGGAUACCUCAUUCAAGCCCGGUCAGAUGGGUCAUCAGCAACGCAUGAGCUGGCGGCAGCAUCAAAGCGACCGCGAUGGCAACGUCGACGAGGACGAAGACGGCCAGCGUAGGAAGCCUUGGUGGACUGAGUGGCUGUGCGGAUGCGACACGAUGCAGGAUCCGGACGAAGAGCAAGACUGGCAAGACUGGUCCCGAAUAGCCAGUCAAGCAGCAGAUGCCGCUUGUCGUGUCUGAUACCUGUCCACUCUUCUCAGUCUCACGGACGGUGGCUCUCCUCUCUUUCCUUCUUUUUCCCCGCUCUCCCUUUCCCACGCUCGUGGCUUUUCCGCAAGCAAACACAUUGUCCCUAGUCUCCAGUAUCUCUUUUUCUUUCCUCACCUCCUCAAAUGCAUCAUCGUUGAUUCUGUC